UAAAUAUAUAUAUAUUUUUUUUAGGAAUUAUACCAAGGGCCAAAACUGGAAUUGUACAGUGUCUCUCUGUGCCGUAUAAGUGCUUACCUUAAGAUUUCAAUACAAGCCGUUAUUUUCCAGACUGUCUACCUAUUUCAUGCGACAGCCAAGGAAUCCUUCUGCUUGUCAUUGCCCUGGGACAUAGUUCUUAUGCACUAGUGCUCAGGUCCCUAUGGAGGUUACACCGGCAGCUGCCUAGGAUAGAGACCAUCUAUGGAGUCGCAAAGUUUCAGGUGCUGUGUACAAAAGAUCUCUCUGUAUGUGCACAAGCAUUAAGGUUUAAAGGGCUUCUGUCAUCAGCUAGGCUGCUGGCAGUCUCCAAGCUUCCUGCGUUCCCACCCAAGAGACGGGAGUCCAGGGGGUCUCCAAGCCCGCUACUCGUUUCUGGUCUCCAGAAGGCAAGGAGGACCAGAGGUUCCUAAAGCCUCUGGAUCCCGCCAGCUUUCGGGUUACCAGUCGUCCUGUCGUGUCAACAGGAACACACUGAGCGGCUACUUCCUCGCAGGACGGAACAUGGCCUGGUGGCCGAUUGGCGCCUCUCUCUUUGCCAGUAGUGAAGGCUCCGGGCUGUUUAUCGGGCUGGCGGGCACUGGGGCGGCAGGUGGCAUCGCGGUGGCUGGAUUUGAAUGGAAUGCCACCUACAUUUUACUGGCCCUGGCUUGGAUCUUCGUCCCAGUUUACAUCUCCUCGGGGAUUGUCACCAUGCCGGAGUACCUGCAGAGAAGAUUCGGGGGAGAAAGGAUCCAGGUGUACCUGUCCGCCCUCUCCUUGCUCCUGUCUGUCUUUACUAAGAUUUCUACGGACCUAUAUUCUGGAGCGCUCUUUGUUCAGGUGUGUCUCGGCUGGAACCUCUACCUGUCCACGGUACUGAUGCUGGUGGUGACGGCAAUGUACACCAUCGCAGGAGGCCUGGCUGCUGUCAUCUACACGGAUGCUCUACAGACGGUGAUCAUGAUUGUGGGGGCCGUGAUCCUGACUAUCACAGCGUUCAAUAAAAUUGGAGGCUACCAAAAUCUGGAAAAGGCGUAUGCAGCGGCCAUACCAUCCCUGGUUGUCCCGAAUGCCACCUGUCACCUCCCGCGCUCCGACGCCAUGCAUCUUUUCCGUGAUCCGAUCAGUGGUGAUCUACCUUGGCCAGGGAUGACCUUUGGGUUAACCAUCCUGGCCGCCUGGUACUGGUGCACCGAUCAGGUCAUCGUACAGAGGUCGCUCUCAGCCAAGAAUCUGAGCCACGCUAAAGCCGGGUCUAUCCUCGCCAGUUAUCUGAAAAUGUUACCCAUGAUCUUUAUCAUCAUGCCAGGAAUGAUCAGCCGGGCUCUUUACCCAGAUGCCGUUGGGUGUGUUGUUCCUGAGGAGUGUGUCAAGGUUUGUGGAGCUGAAGUUGGCUGCUCUAAUAUUGCCUACCCAAAGCUGGUGAUUGAACUAAUGCCUAGUGGUCUUCGUGGUCUGAUGAUCGCAGUCAUGAUGGCGGCUCUCAUGUCUUCCUUGACCUCAAUAUUUAACAGCAGCAGCACUCUCUUCACGAUGGACAUCUGGAGGAAAAUCAGAAAGAACGCCAAUGAGAAGGAGCUUCUUCUGGUGGGAAGGAUAGUGACUGUGGUCCUUGUGAUAAUCAGCGUGGUCUGGAUUCCCAUCCUACAGAAUGCCAACAGCGGGCAGCUCUAUGUAUACAUCCAGUCUGUCACCAGCUACUUGGCACCCCCAGUCACAGCCGUGUUUGGCUUGGCGAUAUUUUGGAAGAGAGCCAACGAGCAGGGAGCAUUCUGGGGUCUUAUGAUCGGCCUGGUGGUCGGAUUAGCUCGGAUGAUUAUGGAGUUUGUGUAUCCCAUCCCCCGCUGCGGAGUCCACGAUGAGCGGCCGUCCAUUCUGAAGGACGUUCAUUACCUGCACUUCGCCAUCAUUUUAUGUGCAUUGACGGUGGGAAUAGUAGUCGGGAUAAGUCUAUUAACAGAGCCGCCCCUCAAGUCUCAGGUUAAAAACCUCACAUGGUGGACAAUCCCCCGGGGAAGAAGCCCACCCGAGAUCACACUCAGGAAAGUUUCCACCCGAAGCCAUUCGUCCCCAGGAGAGAAUGAAGUCCCAGCCAAUUGUUCCCCGCGAGGCCGGACCUGGAGCAGUAUGCUGUGCAAACCCCCCACAGAACCGGUGGACUCUUCCACCCAGCUCCAGCAAAGAAGCAUUAAGGAGGAUCCAUUCUGGGCGCGGGUAUGCUGCGUCAACGCCAUCAUUCUCAUGUGCGUCAACAUUUUCCUCUAUGCAUACUUUGCCUGAAGACCAACAGGAGCAGGAAACAUUGUGUAAACAUUACCCACAUGAGUGUCCUUUAAAUUAACUAUUUCACUGUCAGCCGUCAGUACAUGGUAAAGGUUCAUGUCGGUCCACUUACUGCCAGCCUGUGCCAUGGUUCCGUUUUUUACUGGACUCUACACUGUACCUGUAUGUAUGUCAGAAUAUGGCUUCCUGCCCCGGUAACCUCACACCGCAUGACCCAUGCUUUUUACACAGAAGUCAAGAUGGCGGAGCACCAAGGCUAAAGAGGCCGCUGACAUUCCUGAGAUUGUGUGCAGUCAUAAAGUGCGAUUACUGAAUAAAAGGUGUUAUUAAU